AUGACUGAUGUGGCCCAGCAGACAGCCAGCAAGCGUCCGAGCAACAGCACUCCACCUCCCACUCAGCUCAACAAAAUUAAGUACUCUGGUGGGCCUCAGAUUGUAAAGAAGGAGCGUCGACAGAGUUCGUCACGUUUCAACCUCAGCAAGAACCGGGAACUGCAGAAGCUUCCCGCCCUCAAAGAUGCCCCACCCAUGGAUCGAGAAGAACUGUUUGUCCAGAAACUGCGGCAGUGCUGUGUGCUUUUCGACUUUGUGACUGAUCCACUAAGUGACCUCAAGUACAAAGAGGUGAAGCGAGCUGGCCUCAAUGAAAUGGUGGAGUACAUCACACACAACCGCGACGUGGUCACAGAGGCCAUCUACCCUGAAGCUGUCAUCAUGUUUUCUAUAAACUUGUUCAGGACUCUGCCGCCCUCUUCUAACCCCACGGGAGCAGAGUUUGACCCAGAGGAGGACGAACCCACUCUAGAGGCAGCUUGGCCUCACCUGCAGCUGGUGUAUGAAUUCUUCUUAAGAUUCCUGGAGUCACCUGACUUCCAGCCAAACAUUGCCAAAAAAUACAUCGACCAAAAGUUUGUAAUGUCGCUUCUGGAUCUUUUCGACAGUGAAGACCCCCGAGAGCGGGACUUCCUGAAAACCAUCCUGCAUCGCAUCUACGGAAAGUUCCUCGGGCUGAGAGCCUACGUUCGCCGGCAGAUCAACAAUAUAUUCUACAGGUUUAUAUACGAGACGGAGCAUCACAAUGGGAUUGCGGAGCUCUUAGAAAUCUUAGGAAGCAUAAUUAAUGGCUUUGCCCUGCCACUGAAAGAGGAGCACAAAAUGUUCCUCAUCAGAGUGCUACUGCCUUUACACAAAGUCAAGUCUCUCAGCGUCUAUCACCCACAGCUGGCCUACUGUGUGGUGCAGUUUUUGGAAAAGGACAGCAGCCUCACUGAACCUGUGAUUAUGGGCCUGCUGAAGUUCUGGCCCAAGACCCACAGUCCUAAGGAGGUGAUGUUUCUGAAUGAGCUGGAGGAAAUCUUGGAUGUCAUUGAGCCCUCAGAAUUUGUUAAAGUCAUGGAGCCUCUCUUUAGGCAGCUGGCCAAGUGUGUAUCAAGUCCGCACUUCCAGGUUGCUGAAAGAGCAUUGUAUUACUGGAACAAUGAGUACAUUAUGAGCCUGAUCAGUGACAAUGCCGCCAAGAUCCUCCCCAUCAUGUUUCCCGCUCUCUACAAGAACUCCAAGAGCCACUGGAACAAGACAAUCCAUGGGCUUAUCUACAAUGCUCUGAAGCUAUUUAUGGAGAUGAACCAGAAGCUGUUUGAUGACUGUUGCUGA